CUUCUUGCGACCGGUACCCGCGCCAUGAAUUUCCAUACGAAGUAAUUCCAAUAAGAAUAUCAUUUUAUUCACCUCGGUGUUGCACGCUGUGUGUGAUAACCAAUGGUGCCAUUCGUGCCGGUUGCCGCCGUCUUACAGGAGACCUGUGAGGGAGGCGAAACUGCUGAUUGACGCGUUUUCCUCUCAGCCACAAGAUUAUUUUUGGAAUUGUACCCUAGGGUGCUGACUCGUGAGAGCCUUUUCUCUUUUUUCUGCUGUGGUCUUGCCAUUGGAGCCCCAUGGCCACUCGUUUCUUGGGCAGAUAUGUCCGCCUGCUCUGCAGGGGUUCUCCCCAGACCUCGGCUGCCUGCUUGCCUCUAUCGGCCGCUGUUCUGGCUAAAUUGCAGAGGGCUCAGUGUCGGCCAUGGGAGCGGUCAAUGUGUGAGAGACGGGUGCUGCCAAAAGACGACGUAGAUUUCAACAUGCCAACUCGCACUAAGCUGGAUGACAUGUUGGAAAAGGCUGCAGUGCCCGAGGAUGUCCUUCAUGCGUGGGAACAACAUGGAGGAAAUGGUAAUCAAGCCGCACGUACUGUUUUGGCGUGGGCAAAGAUGGUGCAGCGGACACAAGGGAAAUUUCACUCAGAGCUUGUCAAGGACCCAAGGCUGCGGGACAUGAUGGAUUCUAUAAGUCAGCAGAUAUCAACAGUUUGGAACGGCACUCUUGUGUCUGUCUUGCGGGCUCUUUGGGUGAUCGGGGUCCUUAACACCGAUCCGGUAUUGGGAUCCGUCCAAACAGAGGUCCUGUGGCGAAUCCGCCGGUUAAGUUACAAGCAGCUAGGCUUCCUGGUGGAGUGGGGCGCUGGCAGGAAAGCACAGCAAGAUAUGACCAUAGUGACUGCAGCCCUAAAACAACUGGAACUGCGUUGGACUGAAAUCUCUGAUGCCAAAACUGUCAGCGCGCUGAUUUCCAAAGGACAACAUGUGUCACCUGUCUUGAUGGACAGACUAGAGGACAAGGCUUUGGAGCUCGCUGAAGGCUUUUCAGCAGCAGAAAUUUGCAAAGUGUGCGUGUCUUUAGCAGUGCUGGGCCGACGGUCUGUGCCCCUUCUCAGGGCUUUGUCCUACCACCUCCUCCAGAGACCCUCAUCAGAAUUCACCACUCCGCUGAUACUGGAUAUGGCCUUUGCAUAUGGUAAACUGAGUUUCCACCAGUCCCAAGUGUUUCAGCGAAUGGCUUCCGAGUUGCUGCCCAGAGUCUCGGAACUGACCUCCACCGAUGUCACCCGUUUUGCAAAGUCAAUGGGCUUCCUCAAAUGGGUUCACAUCCUGCUUUUUGAGGCCUUUGCAGAACACUACAUGGAGUACUGCAAGAAGUACAGCUGUCUGCAGCUAUGUAACAUACUCAUGACGUUUGCCAGACUGGGUUUCCAGCCUAGUAAAGGAGAAGAGUUCUAUUCCAAGGUUCAUCCCGUGCUGGAGAAUUCCCUCCCAGGCCUUGAGCCUUUCCUUCAGACGGAUGUCGUAUGGUCUUUGUGCGUGUUACAGCAGGCCAGGCCUCAGUAUCUCAUCCCGCUCCUCCAGCAGGAACACGUUGCUAAGCUGUCAGAUGGCAGUUCACUUCGAGUAGGGAAUUACAGACUAAAGCUCCUUCACCUCGCUGCCACAUUGCACUUGGAGCAUCCUGGAUACUCUUCUUCCCACAUGGACCCUCUGCCUUUCCCGGCUAGUACCUCAGUGCUCUCCCCACUGCAGAGCAGCCUGAGAGAGGCUUUGGACACUUUGGUCGAGGGAAAGGCAGAGAUGCAUCGUACAGGUGUCAACACUGUGUACGGAUGGACUAUUGAAUGUGAAAUGGUCGUAGAUAAUGACAACAGGCCCAUUGACUUAUCCCAGCUAAGAGCGCCUCAUCUUCCGACUGGCGGUAGAAAGCAAGCACUACCUGAAGGAGCGCGGCGGAUCGCAUUUGUAGCAUGGGAAUUCCCCAACUUUCUCUCAAAGAGUAAAGACCUUCUGGGACGGUUCACCAUGAUGAAGAGACACUUGCAACUGUCUGGCUUUAUCAUAGUGGAAGUCCCUUAUUACGAGUGGUUGGAGUUGAAGACGGAGCAUCAAAAGUUGGCAUAUUUAAAGGAUAAGAUGGGCAAAGCUGUGGCUGAAGACAUGGCCAAGUAAACUGGCUAGACUUGAUAACAGUUGCAGACUCAACUUAAUUACCCCCCCCCCCACCCCCCCACCCCCCACACACACACACACACACACACACACUCAGACCAUGUUCAUUUGCAGAACUGUGCAGCCUUGCAGAGGAGUGCUCUUGCACCAAACAAGAAAUAUAUAUAUAUACAUAUAUAUAUUUUGACUGUUGUUCCCGUGGCAACAUGUGGGGUUUUCCCUGUUUCCAUAGAGAUGGUGAGCGUGAGUUCUGGAGUCGGAAACCAAGCAGCGAGGACUUCAGUCGUUCUUGUUCCAAAGCUCAAAGUUUAUGCAUCUCUGAGAAAAAAAUGAAUCAAUAUGGAACAUUUGGCUAAGGUGUGCUAUAUAGAAACAUUCAA